UUAGAGAAAGGAAAAGGACGUAUCCUCCAGCCAAGAGGGUUCCUUGACCCUACCCUUGAAAGAACCUCCUAUUUGACCUCAACUAUCCCUCCCUUUCUCCCUCCCCCUCCCCCAGCGGCGGGCGAGCUGCAGGUGGCGCCGCCGAGGGUGGUGGAAGUGGGUGUAGGAGAGGCCGUCCAGAUCCCUUGCAUCAGCCCCAUCAGUAACGUGCCAACGGCUGUUUGCUGGACCAAGAUCCUCGAGGGGGGCCGGACCGCCAGCGUGUCUUCCCAGAACUCUCUCCUGCUGAGGAAGACCACGUACUCGGGGGGCAGGUAUCGCUGCGUGGCCUCCGACGCAACGCGCACGGUCGAGUCGGAUGACGUGGAUGUGGUCGUCACUGGGGAGUACGGGAGUGGGCACAGGGCUGGGGAUUUCGAGAGUGGAAAAGGUUAUGACGACACAGGCAAGUUCAGGAUCAAGGGGGAGAAAUGGAGUUAUGAGUGCGCCCGUAGUCGAGGCGGCGAACUCCACGGUGCUUUCCAUCGGCGGGCGGCCCACAGCCCUCACCGCCCACGUCUGCGGCCGCCCAUCGGUGUCCACCCUCACCUGGCUUCCCCCCGCCCACCUCCCGCCCGUGAGAGCUGGCGAGACGAAGGACAGAUUCAAAGCCCACAACCUCACGGCGUCCGAAACCCCCGAUUGCCAGUACGCCGUGAUGACCAUCGUGGGCGUGCGGGCGAGCGACGCCGGCAACUGGGUCCGCGUGGGCGUGAACGACCGGGGGGCGAGCGCUGCCCUCAUCCGACUCAACAUCACCGCCGCCGCCCACUCCGUCACUGCCAACGGCGCCCGUGCUAUGACCCACACCCACGCCCACUCUGCCGCUACCCAGGCCUUCCUAGCUGCUGUUCUUAUCCUUUUUUACGCCGCCCACGGCCGCUUAUGGGCGUGAAGUGAAAGGUGACGUUAAGACGAAAAGUGUACCUCGUGUUAUUGAAGAAAAAUAUACUGUGAUAAAAGGGCGUGUUUGAGUGGCGAGCCUGUUGUCAGGAAGAGGCGGGAGAGCGAAGGGAGGGAGGGAGAAACAAGGAGGGAGGAAAGCUGGAAGGAAGAAUAAAGGGGGGGUGAAAGAUGGAAGAAAAGAAGGAGGAAAAGA